AUGACUCAACUGAACUUGGAUUCACUUCAUAUUUCCUCAAAUGAAAGGCAACGGUCAGCUUCGACUGCUGCUUUACACCCCGAUCUCGGCACCCUCACUUCAAAAGAUCCACAUUUGAUGCUGAACUCCUCGGGACUAUCUCCCGGGGUUGGUACAAGUGGUAUUACAAGCGGAUCGUCUGAUAUACCUCCUGAUUUGGCUAUAUUGUUGCAAAAAUUGGAUGAGGAUUUUUUGGUGAAUAAAUCAAUCGACCAGUGGACUUAUAUAAAUCGAAGAGAGGAGGUCAUGCAGUCAGUCAAUAGACUUCACCAGGAACAGAAUCAGGAUUAUUUCCCCUUGGAUCCUAGUUUAUUGGAGGCCCCUCUCCAGCCAAGGAGGUCAGCAACUUUUUUUACAGAUAAUAAGGCUUCAGAUAAUAUUUUAGACAUUUUGAAAAACAGAGCCAGUAUUUACAAAUCUGACUUGGCUUUUGUAGUAUUGGAUUCCAGAGGAAAGGAAGUGAAUUCUAUUACAUGGGAGAAACUUUAUUUGAAAGCUGUAAAGAUAGCCUACGAGAUCCAGCAUAAAUCAACCAUGAAAAACAGUGAUACUGUUAUUCUAUUAUACAAGGAUGGAGAAGUUACUGAGUUUGUUGCGGCAUUGUUUGGAUGCUUUCUUGCAGGAGUCACCGCGAUCCCCAUACAUCAAGAUAUAUCGUUGAGUGAGGUUUUGAGCAUUUUAACACUAACAUCAUCCAAGCUUCUCUUAUACUCGGAUACAGUGGCGAAAGAGCUUGAAAGACUCAAUGCACAAAACCUGAGGAUACAAUGGCCUGCUAAAUUGUUGAGAUGGAGAACAACGGAUUUUGGUUCUGCGAAAAAGUCGGAGUUAUCUUCUUGGAAUUCCAAGCACCAAAACAAGCGUGAUGCUGCACAAAGUAUGAAUCUAGCUUACGUUGAAUUUUCGAGGUCUCCGGUUGGAGAGCUACGUGGAAUUGCACUUAGUCACAAGACUAUCUCACAUCAAAUGCAGUGCUUGGAUGUAGCGCUUCUGAGUUUACCAAACUCCGGGGGUGCCUUUCGCCGUAGUAGCAAAGAAUAUAAAGGAAAUAAAAAGGUUGUUUUGGCUACAUUGGAUAUCAGGUUUUCCAUCGGCCUUAUACUAGGAGUAAUUUUUACCAUCUAUAGUGGGAAUGUGUUGUUUUGGGCCCCACAAAGGGUGAUGGAAACGCAGGGUUUGUAUGCAAAUAUUUUGACAAGAUGUCGCGCAUCUUUGUUAUUGGCCGAUUACUUGGGACUAAAACGAGUCACGUACGAUUAUCAAGAAUCACCUAGUGCGACAAGAUACUUUUCAAAAACGCAACGAGUCGACUUUUCAUCCGUUAAAUGGGUUUUAGUGAAUGCUUUAACUAUUGACGGAGAGUUCAUGGAAAUAUUGGCACAGAGAUAUCUCAGGCCAUUAGGUUGUCAACAACCAGAAAAUGCAAUUAUUCCUAUGCUCACGUUGAGUGAAUAUGGUGGUAUGGUAAUAUCUCUUAGAGAUUGGCUUGGAGGAAAGGAUAAGAUGGGAGCUACACUGUCGGAUGAGGAGUCAAGUGAUCUAUCCUCGGUUGUUAUUGACAAGGAAUGCUUAAGUCGAAACUUGGUGAAAAUCGUGGAGACUAACCCAUCUACUUCUGAUGACAUUGGCAGCAAUUACCUUCGGGUUGAUGCCUUUGGAUACCCUCUUCCCGAUGCCACAUUGGCUGUGGUAAACCCCGAACUGGCAACAUUGGUCCAAAAAGGAGAGCUAGGAGAAAUCUGGAUUGAUAGCCCGUGUCUCUCUGGGGGCUUUUACGGCUUGAGAAAAGAAUCGAAACUGAUAUUUCAUGCUAAAUGCCGUGGUCCUGAUGGCUUACUUGAGAUGGAUUUUCUAAGAACAGGACUUUUGGGGUUUACGCACAAUGGUAAAGUGUAUAUAUUGGGAUUGUAUGAGGACAGAAUUCGUCAAAGAGUGAGUUGGAUGGAUCACCCAUCGUUCAAAAAAACUAAUUUAGAUCUCGGUCAGUUUUCAGGAUCGAGGUAUCACUACUCUUCACACUUGCUAGCCACUUUAGCAAGUGAGGUCAAGCAAAUUUAUGAUUGUACGAUUUUCGAUAUAUUUGUCGGUAAUGAAUAUUUGCCUGUUGCAAUAGUCGAGGCAGAAGUUAUACGGAACCAAUUUGAAGAUUCGAGUGGUACAGAUGCCAAUAAUGGAGCAGUAAAGACUAAAACGGGAGAUGUUGAUCAAAAUAGUGGUGCUCCACUUAACGAGCCUGUAUUGAAUGCGAUUGCCCAAAAAUGUUUUGAUACCCUUUAUAAGAGACAUUCGUUGAGAUUGUAUUGUGUGAUGGUUGUCGAUUGCGAUACCUUGCCCAAGAUAAUGCGAAGUGGUGGAAGAGAAAUUGCAAACAUGCUCUGUAAAAAGAAAUUUUUAGAGGGAACGCUAAAGGCAGAUUUCGUUAAAUUUUUUGUCAGGAAAUCAAUCAGUCUCAUACCACAUGGAGAGGAUGUUAUUGGUGGCAUAUGGUCUCCAUAUGUUUCCGAGUUGAGAAAUAAGGCGUUGAGGAAUUUCCCCAAUCAGUAUUCUGCCAUUGACUAUAGAGCGAAAGCAAUUGACGACAAAACUGGCACAAUAUUAUCAGAUUUCAAAACGAUAAAUGACAUUCUCAAGUUUCGUGUUUCGAAGAAUGGGGAUGCCAUCGCCUUUCAAAACGUUGAGGUUAGUGGUAAAAAUAAACCUUUGACAUGGAAGAAGUUUGAGCAUAAAGUCCACGCUGUUUGUCAGUACUUGAUAGACAAGACUAACAUUAAAGCCGGACAGUACGUCAUAUUGAUGUACUCCUUAUCUGAAGACUUUGUUGUGGCUGUCUAUGCUUGUUUUAUUUGCGGGGUAAUACCCAUUCCGAUGCUUCCCUUUGACUCAAACAGAAUUGGCGAGGACUUUCCUGCAUUUAUAGGGGUUAUCAGAGACUUUGACAUCUCGGAAAUAUUAGUUAACGACGAAGUUGAAAAAUUCUUGAAAAAUGGGCCGAUAGCAGACUCGUUGAAAAAAGUCACCCAUAAGCGAGUGAAGUCGCUCAAGAUAAAAAACACUACAAAACUCAGCAAGGUGUCAAAUGUUAGUUCCUUAACAACCAAAAUUGCAACAUAUCUGGGUUCCAAUAAGAGUAAGAACAACGAUACAAUUGCAUUGGUUUGGCUAAAUUUCACUUCAGACCAUUACCGUGUUGGAGCCACGUUGAGUCACAAGAACAUCAUUGGAAUUUGCAAAGUGUUCAAGGAAACAUGCAACCUUAGUUCUCAGUCUGCUAUUGUGGGCUGCGUGAGACACGCUUCAGGAAUUGGUUUUGUACAAGCAUGCCUUUUGGGCGUGUUCUUGGGAACCACUACCUACUUGAGCUCGCCCGUUAAUUAUGCAGAAAACCCUUUGUCGUUUUUCUUGACACUUGCUAGAUACAAGGUAAAGGACGUGUUUGUUACCGAACAGAUGCUCAAAUAUGCGGCCAUAAAGUUUUCUCCAAAAGGAUUCAACUUGUCACACUUGAAAAAUAUGAUGAUUAGCACUGAAAGUAGAGUCGAGGUGGACUUGUUGAGAAAAAUAGCCAAAGUUUUCCAACCUACGAAGAUGAGUGCUGCAUCAAUGUCAACGGUCCAUAAUCACUACUUUAAUCCAAUUAUUUCGACUCGGUCAUACAUGACGGUUGCACCCGUUGACCUAUAUUUGGAUCCGGUUGCAUUAAGACAAGGAUAUGUGUCAGUGGUUAGCCAGUCAGACGUGCCAAAUGCACUACAUGUGCAAGAUUCUGGAAUGGUGCCAGUUUGUACAGAGAUUGCUAUAGUCAAUCCUGAGACGAGGAAAAUUUGUAAGGAGGGUGAAUAUGGUGAAAUAUGGGUUUGCUCAGAAGCUAAUCUUACGUCGUUCACAAAUGGGCCCCGUGGACCGGUUGACAAUUUCACACCAAUUCAAUUCAGUGGAAAAAUUGAGGACGGUAACCCUGAUGUGACCUAUCUUCGAACGGGAGAGUUGGGCUUUUUACACAAUAUUUCUAUUACCAAAAACAAGCGCAAUCAAAAUGAGAAUGAAAUUUCAUCGUUUCAGCCACUAUUUGUUUUGGGAAGAAUUGCUGAUACUUUCGAGGUGAUGGGUUUGCAUCACUUCCCUAUAGAUAUCGAAAAUACGAUUGAAUUUUGUCACGCAGAUAUCUACAAGAAUGGUUCUUGUGUAUUCCGAUGCGCCGAUUACACUGUCGUUGUAUGUGAAUCCAAGCGCACGCGGUACUUCGCAUCCUUGGUUCCGCUCAUCAUAAACACGGUUUUCAGCAAGCAUCACUUGAUAAUUGACAUUGUCGCCUUCAUCAAGAAGGGUGAGUUUCCUAUAUCUCGUCUUGGAACCAAACAAAGAGCAAGGAUUGUUGACGCUUGGGUACAGGGGGUCAUACCUAUUAGUGCAUCUUAUGGCAUUAAUUAUGGUGAAAAUAGCAUGAUUAAGUUGAUAAAAGAGAUGGAAAAGACAGCGCAAGAGAAUCCUAUGAUAGAACUCAAGAAUCCAGCAUUGUCUUACUAUGAUUCUGAAUUUGAGAGCACCAAUGUUUUUGAUGACGACAAGAGGGAAAUACUCAAGUUGAAUGAUCGACCUUAG